AUGGACGAGACGGGCAUCCGUAUGGGCGUUGGAGGUCAGCAAUACGUUAUAACAAUGGCUGGCGACGACGACGCUAUACAGUCACCGUCUGAUACAAAUCGCGAGAUUGUUACAGUCGUUGAGACUGUCGCUGCUGACGGCUCAGUUCUGGCACCAUUUAUUAUUCUUAAGGGCAAAGCGCACCUCUCAAAAUGGUACACUAACACAAAGCUGCCUAACGACUAUAUAGUAGGUGUCUCAGAGACAGCGUACAACAACGAUGAGCUCUCUCUUGAGUGGAUUCGACACUUUGACGCCUGUAGUCGUCGCCGUCAAACAGGCACCUGGAGGCUGUUAAUUUUUGAUGGAUUUGGAUCCUAUGGCACAAAGGAGCUGAUCGAUUUUUGUGACGACAACAAUAUAGUACUUUUCUCGCUCCCAUCCUAUACCUCUCACGACCUACAGCCUCUUGACGUUGGUGUUUUUUAA